GUUUAAGUUCUGGAGAAAACUCCACCCUGCACAGUCUUUUAUGUAAAUGUAAAAUUGACAGGAGUUUCAUAAUAACUUCUACUGAAGACACAAGUUCAAUGGAGGAACAAGAAACAUCUACAUCGUCAUUAUUCAUGCUGUGAAUCUCUGAAGGGCGAUGGCAUCUGUUGAAGAACUUCUUGAGAAAUCACUGAAUGAACUGAAUAAAGCUGAACUGAAGAAGUUUCAGUGGCACUUAAAAAAACAUAGGUGUAUAUCAAAUUCUGAUAUGGAGAAUACAGAUAGGUUAGACACAGUGGAUAAGAUGGUAGCAUGUUUUGGACCAGAAGAAGCUGUGAAGAUCAUGGUGGAGAUCAUGAGGAAGAUUAACCAAAAUAAUCUAGCUGAGCAGCUGGAGAACAAUCACAAGCAAGAUCAGGAUGAAGGCAAUAUGAAGACAUCUUCCACGGUUGGAGCUCAUUCAAAAGAGAUACGGGGCUCAGCUGCAGAUGACAUUCAAGCUACUCUCCAUGAUUACACAAAGACCAGACUUGAUCUGAAGGAAAAAUUGAAACAGGACUAUGAGCAGAUAUUGGUUGGUAAUUCACAGAGGGGUCAUCAGAAAUACCUGAUUGAUAUCUACACUGAUUUAUAUGUGGUCGAUAAUGAGACUGGAGGAAGAGUGAAUGACCAUGAGGUGAUACAGAUUGAAUCAAACCACAACCGAUUGACUGCCAAGGAGAAGCCAAUCAAGUGUAAUGACAUGUUUAAAGUCCAGUGUGAUAGGGGUCGACGAAAAAGAAAAGUGCUGACAAUGGGAAUCGCAGGAGUGGGAAAAACUGUCUCUGUCAAUAAAUUCAUAUUUGACUGGGCUGAGGGAAGAGAAAAUCAGGAUAUAGUCUUCAUAUUUCCACUUCCAUUCCGUAGAUUGAAUUUGAUUAAAGAAGAGUACAGUCUCAUGGGACUGCUUAACAAAUACUUCUUUAGUAGUCCUAAAGAGCUGCCCUCUCUUCCUGAAGGUGACGGUAAGGUCAUGUUCAUCUUUGAUGGGCUGGAUGAAUGUCGCUUUCCUUUGAGCUUUAACAAAGAUGAGAUGUUUACAAAUGUGAAUGAAAAAACAACAGUGAGUAAGAUAAUAAUAAACCUUAUCAAAAGACAUCUGGUUCCCUCUGCUCUCAUCUGGAUCACAUCCAGACCGGCAGCAGCCAGUCUGAUACCCCGAAACUACAUUGAUCAAGUGACGGAGGUGCGAGGAUUUAAGGAUGAGCAGAAAGAGCAAUACUUCAAAAAUAACAGCACUACUGAGGUCUCUGAAAAAAUCAUCAGUCAUAUAAAGAAAUCCAGGAGUCUGUACAUCAUGUGCCAUAUCCCUGUCUUCUGCUGGAUCUCUCUCACUGUUCUUCAGCCUCUACUGGCUCAAGAGAACUAUGACAAAACUCCCACAACUCUUACAGGGAUGUACACAAGCUUCUUAAUUUCUCAGCAGCAACAGAUGGAAGAAAAAUACUGUGAUGACCCUGAACCUAAAGCCAAUGCAAGGUCCUUUGAUGAGAUUAUUCUGAAGCUUGGAAAACUGGCCUUUCAACAGCUGCAGAAAGGAAACCUAAUUUUCUACAAAGAAGAUCUUGAGAAAUGUGGACUAGAUGUCAGGGAAGGGUCAGUGUACUCUGGGUUAUGCACUCGAAUGUUUCAGGAGGAAAAGGCAAGAAACGUUUACAGCUUCGUACAUCUCAGUGUACAGGAAUUCCUUGCUGCUCUUUAUGCAUUUUUGAUGGGCAAAGAUGAGAAAGCUGACCUAUUUCUUCUAUCUUGGAGAGAAAAACUCACAUGGAAACUGUCCAAAAAGCCACUGUUUCAGUUUCAUAAAACUGCAGUGAAGAAGGCUUUACAAAGCGAGAACGGACACCUGGACCUUUUCCUCCGGUUCCUACUGGGACUCUCACUGGAGUGCAAUCAGAGUGACCUGAAGGAACUACUGCCAAAACUGGAACUAAAAACAGAGAGUGUUAAAAACACUAUUGACUAUAUCAAAAAGAAGAUACAGAAGGAGAAAUCAGUAGAGAGAACCAUCAAUCUCUUCUACUGUCUGAGUGAGCUGAAAGAUGACUUUGUGGAGGAAAUCCAGGAGAAUCUUAGCUCAGGAAAUCUUUCAGCACAGAAGCUGUCCUCUGCUCAGUGGUCUGGUCUUGUAUUUGUGCUUUUGAUUUUAGAAGAGACUCAAGAAAAGUUUGAACUGCAGAAAUACAAAAGAUCUGAUGAAGCACUGAUGAGACUGCUGCCAGUGAUCAAAAACACCAGAAGAGGACUGCUACAGUACUGUAAUCUCACUGCUCAGUCCUGUGAACAUUUGUCUUUAGUUUUACAAUCCUCAAACUCUGUCCUGAGAGAGCUGGACCUGAGUAACAAUGACUUGCAGGAUUCUGGAGUGAAGCUUCUUUCUGAUGGACUGAAGAGUUCAAACUGUCAGCUGGAGAUAUUGAGAUUAUCUUGCUGUAUGGUGACAGAGAAAGGCUGUGGUUAUGUGUCUUCAGCACUGAGUUCAAACCCCUCACAUCUGAAAGAGCUGGAUCUGAGCUACAAUCACCUAGGAGAUUCAGGAGUCAAGCUGCUCAAUGCCAAGCUGAAGGAUCCAAAAUACAGACUGGAUAAACUAAAUGUGGAUCAUGGAGGAGAGAUCAGAAUUACAGCAGGAGUACGCAAAUAUUCCCAUCAGCUCAAUCUGGAUCUGAACACAGUGAAUAAACGCCUCCGUCUGUCUGAGGAGAACACAGAGAUUAUACACACUAACACAGAUCAGUCGUAUCCUGAUCAUCCAGACAGAUUUGAUUAUUAUGAGCAGGUGUUGUGUAGAGAGAGUGUGUGUGGACGCUGUUACUGGGAGAUUGAGUGGAGUGGAGAUGAUGGUGUGUGUAUAUCAGUGUCAUAUAAGAGCAUCAGCAGGAAGGGAUGGGGUGAUGAGUGUUUGUUUGGAUAUAAUGAUCAGUCCUGGAGUUUGUUCUGCUCUUCCUCCAGUUACUCAUUCAGACACAAUAAGAUACAGACUGAACUCCCUGUAAAGCCCAUCAUCAGCAGGAGAAUAGGAGUGUAUGUGGAUCACAGUGCAGGAACUCUGUCCUUCUACAGCGUCUCUGGAGACACAAUGAUCCUCAUCCACACAGUCCAGACCACAUUCACUCAACCGCUCUAUCCUGGGUUUGGGGCUUGGUCUCAAUCAUCAGUGAAACUGUGUUGAUGAAUCAGAAUAGACGGUAGAGAGAUUCUACCCAUAAUGCUUUGAGCUCAUGAUGAAUCAGUGACUGAUAAAUCAUAAAUCCAAGGUAAGAGGCUUGACGCAGAAAGAAGAUGAACACUUAUAUUCAAUAAACACCAGCAGGAAACAUUAACACACGA